CGGGGCUGCGCCGCCGCAAGCCUGGCCGGGCGGCGCCGGCACUGGGGCGCGGCUCCGCCGGCAAGCCGGCGCGCCCGCCGGCUCCUCGUCAUGUGGCCGGAAGGCGGGCUGGCAGUGGGGAAGGCCCGCGCCGCUGAUCACGGCCCUGAGCGGCGGCACGCCGGAGCCCGCGGCGGGCAUGGUCGCGGCCGCGUGAGCCGCCAGCCCGCAGGCGUCAGCCAUCGGCGGCCCAGCUCCCCGGCGCGGAGGCGCCAUGCACCCCUUCCGAGGCGUCUCGCCCAUCGCCUGGUCCACGCUGCAGGUGAAGCCGCUGCUGGCGCCCAGCGUGCCUGCGGAGACGGGCGAGCUGGUCGACUGGUCCACGCUGCAGCUGAAGCCGCUGCUGGCGCCCAGCCUGCCCGCGGAGACGGGCGAGGUGGUCGACUGGUCCAGCAAGCCAUCGACCACCCUGGAGGAGGGCCAGCGUGAGGCGGCGCAGGCCAGGGCCAUCGGGCCCGCACAGGGCCAGGGCGCCUGCGCUUGGAGGCCCGCGGAGGGCCAACUCGCCGGACCGACGGACGGCCCCGCACGAGGCCGCCUCGGCCAGCGGCGGCGAGCCGCCCGGGCUGGCGCAGGCCGGCGGCGGAGGCCCGCGCGGCUGCGGAGGCGCCUCCGAGCCCGCCCCG